AUGUCGUACAUGAAUCCAGAUCUUGUUCGGAACGAAUUGGAAAUGGUUUACGACAAUAAACGCACGAGCGUCAGACUCCCACCUGGUCUGAUUUUAUUCUCCGGAGAGAUUCCUCAAUUUGUAGCGAUUACGAGUGCGAUUCAAUUAUUCGAGGCUACAGGAGACGGUGCGUUCGUGGAAUGUAAUGCCAAAGGUGACGAGAACUGUAACGACACGGAAAUUGUGAGCGAGAUAGACACGACACCCUACCAACUCACCAUUACCCUGAAAUUCUCCCCAUCAAAAUAUCUCUUCAAAUUCUCUAAACCCAAAAUAUCAACCCCAUCGACAUACAUCAGUGUCAAACCAAAGAACGAUUCUUCAGUAUGUGAAGUAUUUGCGGCCAUACUCAAAAAGCACGCUUUCCCAUCAUCGAUAGAGAAUACAUUCGCAUUUAAAUUGGGAAAGCGGAUAGUAGACGAAACUGAUGAAAAAAGAAAGUGUGUGGAAAAAGGGAGGAAAAAAACGUUGGAGGAUGAAAUCAUAGAUCAGAUAUAUGGCGAAGGUAGUAGUGAUGAGUCGGAGAAUGAAGUAGAGACUAAAGGACUUGAUAAAGAUGUUUAUAUGAGAGCGAAAAGAUUGGGGUGGGGAAGAGGGUAUAAGAUUCAAAAGGAGUUUGAGAGAAUGCAGAUUAACAAAGACAUAUGGUGCAUAUCAGAAAUCAACGAAGAUUUUAAUCUCUCAGCAACCUAUCCGCGGGAUUUUAUUCUUCCGUCUCAACUCCUAAAACAGACUGCUUCCUCAUCCGACGACAUAGUAACAGCAAUGCAAGGAACAAGCUUUCGGUCGACUAUGCCUUUAUCUAAUUCCAUUGCCGUAUCGCCCGAAUCAAAUUCGACCUCCACUGAAAAGUUUUUCGCAAACCUUGCUCGAUUUCGUUCACGCGGUCGAUUUCCUGUAUUAUGUUGGAAGCGAAAUCGUACAGUAUUGAUGCGCAGUGGGCAGCCGAUGGUAGGGUUCCUUGGAUCAAGAGGACGGGAGGAUGAAUCCCUAAUACAUGAGGUAGUUAGGGCUGUUGACGAUGAAGUAUGUGGGAAUUAUGGUGAACUUUGUGGACGAAAGAUAAAAGAUGUGGGAAAGAAUAGCGUGAAGAUUUGUGUUCUUGAUGCUAGAGGAUAUGCGUCAGCUUUUGGUAAUGGAUAUACUGGAGGCGGAUAUGAGAAUAUAGAACACUACCCGAAAAAUACUACGCUUCACUUUUUGGGCCUCCCCAACAUCCACUCGAUAUCGUCUUCUCACACGAACUUACUUCGUGCAAUAUCAUCGAAUGCUUCGGCUCCUAACUGGUUCUCUGUUAUUGAAUCUACUGGAUGGCUUGGACACGUUGCGGAUUUAUUGAAGGCUGCUGGAGGUGAACAUGGUGUUGUGGGGAGAAUCUUGGGUGGAGCUAGCGUUUUAGUGCAUUGCACCGAUGGAUGGGAUAGAACAACACAACUAGUUUCGUUAGCGCAAAUAAUGCUUGACCCAUACUAUCGUACAAUUAAGGGUUUCCAAGUAUUAAUAGAAAAGGAGUGGCUAGCUUUUGGUCACCCGUUCCGUUCCAGAUGUGGCUUACCGUCAUCUCUCCAAUGUUCUUCGAUUUUACCUACAACAUCGCCUCCCUCUGCUCGUCAACCCCAUCAGUCAUCUUCGAUUAUUUCCGUUCCAUCUCCUGUGUUUCUACUCUUUUUAACCUGCGUACAUCAUCUCAUUGAGCAAAACCCAGACAAAUUCGAAUAUAAUGAUUUUCUCUUGCUUUGCUUGGCAAGGGCAGCUGGAGGAAACUCUCCGUAUGGUGACUUCUUGUGUAAUUCAGAAUGCGAAAGAACAUCUGUCGGACUAAGAGAAAACACUUUAAGCAUCUGGGAAUUCGUCAGAGCAAGGAAGAAAUUUUUCAUUAACCCUGCGUACAGGAGACCAACACAGGAUACAAAGCAAAAUGAUAUUAAACUUUCAACUAAUGCAAGAUCGAUUGGGCUCUGGGAUGAAUAUUACUUCCCUAAGGAUGAUAUUUCUAUAUCUCUCCUCUGCACUCCUCUUGAUGUAGAGUUCGUUCCUCCACAUGCGACUCGAGCUUUCCCUCAUCUGAUUUAUGGGAGUAACAUACCGGGACUUACGUCUGAGUAUUAUAUUGCUAAUAUGUUUAUCAAAAGACGUAGGCGAAGGUUGAUCACUCUUGUUUGGCGCACAUGGAGAGGAGCGUGUAGAAAUGAGAGAAUUGGCGAGAGUAAAAAAACCAAGGGAGUGAAAAGAAUGAUUGGAGAUGACAAUGAGUGUAUAAUAAGUAACGUACAAAGGUUAACUAUUGAUGGCACUGGAGAAAGAAGUGGGAAGAGGCGAUCAGCUGACGUUGGAAUGAUUGGACACAUUAUGGCCGAUGAAGAUAACUGGGAUGAUGUAGUAGAUAUUAUUGAUAACGAAUCAUGGCAAGAAAGUAACAAUAGUAGUGGUGGUACAAGUAGUGAGAGCUUUGAAGAAUAUAAAAGUAGCAGCACUACCAGUAUGAGUAGUAACGGAGGAGAUGAAACUGAAAACGAGGAGACAAAAAUCGGUGACGGCCCAGGACAAGGUUCUGAAGAACACGUGCCUCGAAUGGUAAUCGUUAUAAAGAAUAUUCAUGAGCGUGAAGCUUCUAAAGGAAUACAAUCAAGAACGGCACCUCAAUCAGUACCAUCAAGGACAUCGAAAUCAUAUCCAAGAUCAUCUGCCAGACCGUCAUUAAAAUCACCAAAAACGCUAUCGAAACCUACCAUAACAUUUCCUUAUACGCCGCACUCUUCGUCCUCAAAUGCAUCUCCUAGAUCUUUGACCAAUAGUAGCUAUGAUUGGGUCGAUUUGAAGAAUGAAGAUGAUGACACAAACGAAUUAAGCGAGUUAUUACGUGAAGCACAGAAGGAUGAGAUUUUUCACGUAAAGAACAUAAAGAGAAGGAAGAGUACGGGGAAGAACUCUCAUACGAGAAACUGUGUGGGUAGUAGGAACGGGAUGACAGCCAACGAGAAGGCCAUAGCAUAUGCUAUUCGCAACGCUACUAACGAGUCGAUUAUGGACGACAAAACUAUAUCAUCACAUCUAGCAGAUGCGGCAUCGGAUGAAAUUAUAACUAAUCACGAUGACGGCGAUAAACUCGCGCAAUUCGAGGCAUUUUUAGCGCAACAUCCCGAAUCGAUUGUAAUAGAUCCUCUAGAAUACAUCAGACCAUUAGUGAACAGAGGAGAGAUGUUGAAAAUGUUGGAAAAGUCUAGAUGGGCAGAGAAUUCAACAGAAGCUCUUUUUUAUCUCCCGAAAAGUACAAUAGUUCGGCCGUUAUCAUUGGAGACUGUUCUGCAAUCGGGUCUGAAGUUUCCAUUGGUCUGCAAACCAAUAGCAGGGAGCGCAUCGGUGCAUUCUCAUCAGAUACUAUUAAUUCCAUCCGCAGAAGCGUUUGCAAAAUGUCUAUCGGGAGAAUUAGAGGACUAUGUGAAUCAGAAUCAGUCUUGCUUAUUACAAGAAUUUGUGAAUCAUGAUGGAAUUAUAUUUAAAGCUUUUGUCGUUGGUAACAAAUCUGUACAUUUAACAAGGCCUUCAAUGAAAAACGUAAAAGAAGAUGACAAUGUACAUAUAUUUGAUAGCCAGCGUAUCCCAAAGUCAUUUGCAUGGGAAUCUGAUUUUCCGUCUAAGCCUGAGACAUGGGACACACUAUUUGAAACUUCACCUUCUCAGGAUAUGCUCAGCUAUAAAAACUCAUUGUUAAGCGAAUCACGUCUAAAUGCCAUUGCGACUUCUAUCGGUCGGCGAAAUAAUCUAACUCUCUUUGGGUUUGACAUCAUCAUCGAGUCGUCAGCGCAAAAGCUCUAUAUAGUCGAUAUCAAUUAUUUUCCUGGUUAUGAUAAUGUCCCCGACUUUAAUGUCGUAUUUCUAAAAACUCUUCUUGACAAGUUGCAGACUAGGUCACAAGUUAAUGGAUUUGCCCAAUCGUACGAUAUAUAA